CAUUUACACUUCACUAACAAACAAACAAUUCAUUCAACACUAUCCAACUUUCACUUUGAUGCAAGCCAAAACCCAAGGUUGAAUAAAAUGGAGAGCCCUCACGAGCAUCAGCAGAACCUUCUGCUAUCACGUAUCAUCACCAACGUUGAGAAACUCAACGAGUCCAUCGUCGUCAUGAACAAGAGCCUUCAGGAGAUCAACAUCCAGAACAUGAACAUUGAGCUCGUCGCUCAAAUGUUUAAGAACUACCAGUCCAACGUGCUCUUUCAUCUGGAAGCUACGGACAAUCUGAAAGAACCUUCAUGAGAUAGCCUCUCUUCGAGUAGCUAUGAGGAUAAUGAGAGCAAAGCUAUCUAGCAGAUAGUAGAGGAAUGUUUUUAGCGGGUUAUAUGGAUAUACUACUAUGAACUCAAGCAAGAUAUCUGUAUUAGGAAGCUUUCUAUCUACUUAUAGGGAGACUCAAUGCUAUACUCAUAAACUGACUAUAGAGCCUGGAACUCUUAAUAAUAAAAGCCCUCAUAGCAUAUUACUCUACGAAGCCCGCACAAUAAAAAGCACUCCUAAAGAACAAUGGUGAAGACAUCCGUAACCUGGGUAAAUUCCCCUACGCAAAUAAAAACGCG